AUGAGAUUUUCGGACUUUUUAGCGGGCGCUGGCUUGGCUACCAUCGUCAGCGCUGCUGUCACAGCUAAGCAACCCUCCUUUGAAUCCAAAUGCAAUGCCUUCAAGUCCAAGAUUAAAGUCGCCAAUUCCCACGUUCACGACGUGACAUACGUUCCGAUCGGAUCCAAUAUUACUAAGGAGUAUGAUGCAUCUACCUGCUCCGAUGGGGACAGCAGCCCCGCGACCUUCGACUUUUGUCGAGUUACCCUCAACGUGACGACCUCCGCUAAGAGUCACUUCUUCAUGGAAGCCUGGUUGCCGAGUAACUACUCUGGAAGAUUCCUCAGUACUGGAAAUGGAGGUCUUGGCGGCUUCGAAACAACAGGUGUGAAAUAUGAUGAUAUGGCAUAUGCUGCCCAGUACGGAUUUGCUACUGUAGGCACAAACAAUGGCCACUCUGGCGAUACUGGGAAAUACUUCUAUCAAAAUACCGAAGUGCUAGAGGACUUUGCCUACCGUGCCCUGCAUACCGGUGUGGUCGUUGGCAAAGAACUCACCAAACAGUUCUACACCGAGGGCUUCAAGAAAUCUUACUAUUUAGGGUGCUCAACUGGUGGUCGUCAGGGGUGGAAGUCGAUCGAAAAAUUUCCCGACGACUUUGAUGGUGUUGUUGCAGGAUCCCCGGCGCUCAACUUCAUUAAUCUGAUCAACUGGGGCGCUCGAUUCUAUCCAGUUAUUGGAAACUCAAGUGCUGAUACAUUUAUUACCACUGCCCAGUGGACGGCUAUUCACAGUGAGAUUCUCCGACAGUGCGAUUCUCUGGAUGGUGCUGUAGAUGGAAUUAUUGAAGAUACCGAUUUAUGUCAACCGAUAUUUGAGACUUUGGUUUGCAACUCGACCGCGGCGGCUGAUAGCAUCUGUCUAACGGCUGCUCAAAUAAAGACUGUGAACACAGUCUUCAGUCCGCUGUAUGGACACAACGGAUCUUUCUUGUUCCCCCGCAUGCAGCCUGGAUCUGAACUAACUUCUGUUUACUACAAUGGACCAUUCCAAUACGCAGAAGACUGGUAUCGCUAUGUGGUAUAUAAUAAUCCAGAGUGGAAUCCUGCAACCUGGACAAUUGAAGACGCUACUGUCGCCAACGCCCAAGAUCCUUACCAGAUUUCGACUUUCCAGGGUGAUAUUUCGCCAUUCAAGAAGAGUAGGGGCAAAGUGCUCCACUACCAUGGACUCGAAGAUGGAAUCAUUACCUCUGACACCUCAAAAGUAUGGUACCAUCAUGUCGUUGAUACUAUGGGGAUUAGUCCAUCCGAUUUGGAUGACUUCUACCGCUUCUUCCCAAUUAGUGGGAUGGGUCACUGUACUCCUGGCACGGGCGCAGCAUAUAUUGGUCAAGGACCGUCAACUUUUGUUGAUAACAACCCAGAAGAUAAUGUACUUCUUGCGAUGGUGCGAUGGGUUGAGGAGGGUAUUGCACCUGAAUUUGUGCGUGGGGCCAAGCUUAAUGGGACCACGGUGGAAUACCGUCGUAAGCAUUGCAAGUAUCCCAAACGCAACAAGUAUGUUGGGCCUGGAUCCUAUAAAGAUGAAAGUGCUUGGGAGUGUGUUUGA